GAUUCAUUCGGAGCGUCCCAUGUUAUUUGUUAAUAUUUUCCCCUACAAAAUCCUGAUCUCACUGCUCUAGAAUACUACACUCUAUUGUGUUGUGUUGAUCCCAUUCACAGUCAUUGAUACUCUCUCCCUCUCUCUGUUUUGGAUCAUUGAUCUUAUCUGAGAUAUGUCGACAUCUGAUGAUAAGCCUGAAGUGGUAGAAAGGGGUCUUUUUAAGAAUGAAAAGCACAAGGAAGAUGAUGGUAAGGAAGAAGGCAAGGGUGGGUUUAUUGAGAAGGUGAAGGAUUUCAUUCAUGACAUUGGUGAGAAGAUUGAGGAGGCUAUUGGGUUUGGUAAGCCAACUGCUGAUGUUUCUGGGAUACACAUUCCAUCAAUUAACAUUCACAAGGUGGACCUUGUUGUUGAUGUGCUCAUCAAGAACCCGAACCCGGUGCCGAUCCCUCUGAUUGACAUCAACUACUUGAUUGAGAGUGAUGGGAGGAAACUAGUUUCUGGAUUGAUACCCGAUGCAGGUACCAUCCAUGCUCAUGGAGAGGAGACUGUAAAAAUUCCUGUUACCUUGAUUUAUGAUGACAUCAAGCAAACAUAUGCUGAUAUCAAACCUGGGAGCAUCAUUCCUUAUAGGGUGAAGGUUGAUCUCAUUUUCGAUGUUCCGAUCUUGGGAAGGUUGACUCUUCCUUUGGAGAAAACUGGAGAAAUCCCCAUACCGUACAAGCCUGAUAUUGAUGUUGACAAGAUUCAAUUUGAGAAGUUCUCUUUUGAGGAGACAAUUGCAAAUCUUCACUUAAAAUUGGAAAACAAGAACGAUUUCGACCUGGGCCUCAAUGCGCUUGAUUAUGAGGUCUGGCUUGGUGAUGUUAGCAUUGGAGGUGCACAGCUCACCAAAUCUGCGAAACUUGAGAAGAGCGGAAUCAGUUACAUUGAUGUUCCGAUCACCUUUAGACCUAAGGACUUUGGCUCUGCACUUUGGGACAUGAUUAGAGGAAGGGGCACUGGUUAUACCAUGAAAGGGAAUAUUGAUGUUGACACUCCAUUUGGAGCAAUGAAAUUGCCCAUCAUCAAAGAAGGCGGUACUACCCGUCUUAAGAAAAAGAAGGAAGAUGGCGGUGACGACGAGGAUGAGGAUGAGGAUGAGGAUUGAAGAAGAACUGCACCAAGUGUUUACUAGCUGUUCUUUUUAUACAGCAUAUGUCCAUUAGAAACUUAAUAACGAGGACUUGAGCUUCAAGGCAUUGUUUCUAAGUUCUGAUGGCCAUUUAUGUGUAUCUUGAGAGAUCAAGUUGAGAUUUAAAUUAUGUGGUAGUUUCAGUAUUUUAGUGAAUGCAUGCUGCAGUCUGGCAUGUGCUUUUUUCUCUUGAAACAAUCUAGUACUGCCUUUUGAUGAGAUAAAUUAUCAUUUGCGAAUUAUUAAAUUUAUUUGCCUGGGAA